AUGGCUUGGAAUCGAUUGAGGAUUAGGGGCGGCAGUGGCUUCAUCCCAACACCAUCGCCAUGGAUUUGCAGUGCAUUUGGAGAACCAGAAGAAAAGAAAAAGAAACUGAUUAAGGUAUCUUUUGCGGGUUGUGGGGCAAGCUCAAGCUUCUCGACUGGAAAGCGCCGGUAUAUUGAUCAAGAUGGCCAGCUGGAUAAUUGUCCUCUUGAAGUCGCCUCGGAUAAUGAUGUUGAUUUGAAAUUGAAAAUAUGCAGAACGGAAGGCAGCCAAGUCUUUUUAACAACCAAUUCGGAGGAUAAACGUGAACGGACGCCGGCGGUGGUUCGCGGCGGUUGCAAACCUCGCGUGUUCGGUGACUCGCGGAUGAAGAUUCUCGGCGAUGGCUGCGUGUGUCAUUCUCCUAGUGGUACACAAGGGAUGAGUUUUGGGGUCAGUGUACUCAUCAAGGUUUUUGCUUCAAAUGGGUUUUUUGAAAAUUCAAUGGAUGCGUUUGCACAGGCUAGAAGAGUUGGCUAUGAACUGGGAAUACGCUCGUGCAAUUUCUUGCUUAAAUGCUUGGCAGAAGCCAAUGAAAGGGAGAUCCUUUUUUUUGUG